ACCGGUGAGUAGGAGGAGUCUCUAGAGCAAGCGGAGCAGGUCAUCUUAUAUAGCGAGCAGCUGAUACUGGCACCGUCUCACUUUCCUUUCAUACCUCUGUAGCUUACCGUAGUCCCACGUGUCCUGCACAAUGGUUAACCUACAAAAUUACUUUGAACACAUUGAGAAGAACCAGGAGAUCUAUGUGAAGAGAUUGGCAGAAUGGGUUGCCAUUCAGAGUGUUUCAGCCUGGCCAGAGAAAAGAGGUGAAAUUAAGAAGAUGAUGGAAGUUGCUGCCAAAGAAAUUGAGCGGCUUGGUGGCACAACUGAACUGGUAGACAUUGGCAAACAAAAGCUUCCUGAUGGCACAGAGAUUCCCCUUCCUCCUAUUAUCUUGGGGAUACUGGGCAAAGAUCCUAAGAAGAAGACAGUUUGCGUCUAUGGACAUUUGGACGUCCAGCCAGCAGCUAUUGAGGAUGGCUGGGACAGCGAGCCUUUUGAUUUGGUAGAAAGGGAUGGUAAACUGUAUGGGAGGGGUUCCACAGAUGACAAAGGUCCAGUUCUUGCAUGGUUUAAUGCCAUAGAAGCUUAUCAACAAUUAAACCAGGAAAUUCCUGUAAAUCUCAGGUUCUGCCUUGAAGGAAUGGAGGAAUCUGGAUCAGAAGGUUUAGACGAUCUUAUUUUUGCCAGGAAAGAUACAUUUUUCAAGGAUGUGGACUAUGUGUGCAUUUCAGAUAACUACUGGCUGGGAAAAAACAAGCCCUGCAUUACAUACGGCCUACGUGGUAUUUGCUACUUCUUUGUUGAGGUGGAAUGCAGCAGCAAAGAUCUUCAUUCUGGGGUCUAUGGGGGUUCUGUCCAUGAAGCAAUGACUGACCUCAUUACUCUAAUGGGCAGUUUAAUAGACAAGCGAGGGAAAAUCCUUAUCCCAGGAAUAAAUGAGGCUGUGGCACCUCUCGCAGAUGAAGAGAAAACCAUUUAUGAUGCUAUCGAUUUUGAUCUUAAGGAGUUUUCAGAUGAUAUAGGAGCUAAUAAACUUUUACAUGAGACAAAGGAGCAUAUCCUGAUGCACAGGUGGCGAUACCCUUCUCUGUCUCUCCAUGGUAUCGAGGGAGCCUUCUCUGGAGCGGGAGCUAAAACUGUGAUACCUAGGAAAGUCAUUGGGAAGUUCUCCAUAAGAUUAGUGCCAGAUAUGCUUCCAGUGGAGGUAGAAAAACAGGUUAAAGACUAUCUGACUAAGGAAUUUAAAAAGCUGGGAAGUCCAAAUAAAUUCAGUGUGACCAUGGGCCAUGGCGGAAAACCCUGGGUGUCCGACUUCAAUCACCCACACUAUGUUGCUGGCAGGAAGGCCAUGAAUACAGUUUUCUCUGUUGAGCCUGACUUGACCAGAGAAGGAGGAAGCAUUCCUGUUACCCUGACCUUUGAGGAGGCAACUGGCAAGAAUGUUAUGUUGCUACCUGUCGGCGCUGCAGAUGAUGGGGCACACUCUCAAAAUGAAAAACUGAAUAGAUACAAUUAUAUUCAAGGAGUCAAGCUUUUGGGAACUUACCUGUACGAGGUUUCUAAACUGGAAUAAGUUAAAUUCUUCAAAUGGAUUUUCAUCCAUUUAUGAUAUAUAUCCUUCAAAGGAUGAUAUAUAUCCUUCAAAGGAUGAUCAAGAUUUUUUUUUAUAUACUGUAACUGCAAAAAAACAAUAAAAAAAAAAAAAUUUAAAACUUGAA